UGCACCAACAGCUUGAAGUAUUGGCCAGCUUGACCCUGCAUUGUUAUUCACCUGAUAGCACACAAGAUUUUUUUUAUUGGCUGAGCUGCACAUCAUAACUCUCAGCCAUGUCGUCAGACGCUGAAAUGGCAGCCUUCGGGGAGGCUGCCCCUUUCCUUCGAAAGUCAGAAAAAGAAAGAAUUGAGUCUCAGAAUAAGCCCUUUGAUGCCAAGAACUCGGUUUUUGUGGUGGAUCCUAAGGAGUCCUAUGUCAAAGGCACGGUCCAGAGCAGGGAAGGAGGGAAAGUCACAGUCAAGACUGAAAAGGGAGAAACUGUAACAGUAAAAGAUGAUCAAGUCUUUUCCAUGAAUCCUCCCAAAUAUGACAAGAUUGAGGACAUGGCCAUGAUGACCCACCUCCAUGAACCUGCAGUCUUGUAUAACCUCAAAGAGCGUUAUGCAGCCUGGAUGAUCUAUACCUACUCUGGCCUCUUCUGUGCCACUGUCAACCCCUACAAGUGGCUGCCAGUGUACAACCCUGAGGUGGUAUCUGCCUACAGGGGCAAGAAGCGUCAGGAGGCUCCUCCCCACAUCUUCUCCAUCUCUGACAACGCGUAUCAGUUCAUGUUAACUGAUCGUGAGAAUCAGUCAGUCCUGAUCACUGGAGAAUCUGGUGCUGGAAAGACUGUGAACACGAAACGUGUCAUUCAGUACUUUGCAACAAUUGCAUGCACAGGUGACAAGAAAAAGGAAGAAGCCCCAGUGGCCCAAAGUAAAAUACAGGGUACCCUUGAAGAUCAAAUCAUCAGUGCCAAUCCCUUGCUGGAAGCCUUUGGAAAUGCCAAGACUGUGAGGAAUGACAACUCUUCUCGUUUUGGUAAAUUCAUCAGAAUUCAUUUUGGUGCCACAGGCAAAUUGUCUUCUGCUGACAUUGAGACAUAUCUGCUGGAGAAGUCCAGAGUUACUUUCCAGCUGAAAGCUGAAAGAAGCUACCACAUCUUUUAUCAAAUUAUGUCCAACAAAAAACCAGAGUUGAUUGAGAUGCUUCUCAUUUCAACCAACCCUUAUGACUUCAGUUAUGUCAGUCAAGGGGAAAUCACUGUAGCUAGCAUAGAUGAUCAGGAAGAGCUGAUGGCUACAGAUAGUGCCAUUGACAUCUUGGGCUUCUCAGCUGAGGAAAAAACAGCCAUUUACAAACUGACAGGAGCUGUGAUGCACUAUGGAAACAUGAAGUUCAAGCAGAAGCAGCGUGAGGAGCAGGCUGAGCCAGAUGGCACUGAAGUUGCGGACAAGGCAGCCUACCUCAUGAACCUCAACUCAGCAGAUCUAUUGAAAGCUCUGUGCUACCCCAGGGUCAAGGUUGGCAAUGAAUAUGUCACCAAAGGUCAAACUGUCCAGCAGGUAUACAACAAUGUUGGCGCUUUGGCUAAAGCUGUCUUUGAGAAGAUGUUCUUGUGGAUGGUCAUUCGUAUCAACCAGCAGCUGGAUACCAAGCAGCCCAGACAGCAUUUCAUCGGGGUGUUGGAUAUUGCUGGUUUUGAAAUUUUUGAUUUUAACAGCUUGGAGCAGCUCUGCAUCAACUUCACUAAUGAGAAACUGCAACAGUUUUUCAACCACCACAUGUUUGUGCUGGAGCAAGAGGAGUACAAGAAAGAAGGAAUUGAAUGGGAGUUCAUUGACUUUGGAAUGGAUUUGGCUGCCUGCAUUGAACUCAUUGAAAAGCCCAUGGGCAUUUUCUCCAUCCUAGAAGAAGAGUGCAUGUUCCCCAAGGCAACAGACACUUCUUUCAAGAACAAGCUCUAUGACCAGCAUUUGGGCAAGUGCAAGAACUUUGAAAAGCCCAAGCCAGGCAAAGGCAAAGCAGAGGCCCACUUUGCCCUGGUGCACUACGCUGGCACUGUGGACUACAACAUCAGUGGCUGGCUGGAGAAGAACAAGGACCCCUUGAAUGAAACUGUCAUCCAGCUCUACCAGAAAUCAUCUAUGAAGACACUGGCCUUACUCUUUGCUGAUCGCCCCCCAGAAGAGGGCAGUGGCAAGAAGGCUGGAAAGAAGAAGGGUUCCUCUUUCCAAACUGUGUCUGCUCUCUUUAGGGAGAACUUAAACAAGCUGAUGAGCAAUCUGAGGAGCACUCAUCCUCACUUUGUGCGCUGCCUCAUCCCCAAUGAAACUAAAACUCCUGGUGCCAUGGAACAUGAGCUCGUAUUGCACCAGCUGAGGUGUAAUGGAGUGCUGGAAGGUAUUAGAAUUUGCAGAAAGGGAUUCCCUAGCAGAAUCAUUUACGGUGACUUCAAACAAAGAUACAGGAUAUUAAAUGCAAGUGCCAUCCCAGAAGGCCAAUUCAUUGACAGCAAGAAGGCUUCUGAGAAACUUCUUGGGUCCAUUGAUGUUGAUCACACCCAGUAUAAAUUUGGCCACACCAAGGUGUUCUUUAAAGCUGGGCUCCUGGGUACUCUAGAGGAGAUGAGAGAUGACAAACUGGCCCAACUGAUUACACGCACACAAGCUGUGUGUCGUGGCUAUGUGAUGAGACUGGAGUUCAAGAAAAUGAAUGAAAGGAGAGAGUCUAUCUAUUCUAUUCAGUACAAUAUCCGCUCAUUCAUGAAUGUCAAAACCUGGUCAUGGAUGAAACUGUACUUCAAGAUAAAGCCUCUGCUGAAGAGUGCUGAGUCCGAGAAGGAGAUGGCCAAUAUGAAAGAAGAGUUUGAGAAAACAAAAGAAGAACUUGCAAAAUCAGAGGCCAAACGGAAGGAACUUGAAGAAAAAAUGGUGUCCCUGAUGCAAGAGAAGAAUGACUUGCAGCUCCAAGUCCAGUCUGAAUCUGAUGGCUUGGCAGAUGCUGAAGAGAGAUGCGAUCAGUUGAUUAAGGCCAAAAUUCAGCUGGAAGCUAAAAUUAAGGAGCUGACUGAAAGGGCAGAAGAUGAAGAGGAAAUGAAUGCUGAACUGACAGCCAAAAAGAGGAAACUUGAAGAUGAAUGCUCAGAGCUGAAGAAAGACAUUGAUGAUCUUGAGCUAACACUGGCUAAAGUUGAAAAGGAAAAGCAUGCCACAGAAAACAAGGUAAAAAAUCUCACUGAGGAGAUGGCAGUCUUGGAUGAGAGCAUUGCUAAACUGACCAAGGAGAAGAAAGCCCUCCAAGAGGCCCACCAACAGACCCUGGAUGAUCUGCAGGCAGAGGAGGACAAAGUGAAUACUCUGACCAAGGCCAAGACAAAGCUGGAGCAGCAAGUGGACGAUCUUGAAGGGUCCUUGGAGCAAGAGAAGAAGCUUCGUAUGGACCUUGAAAGAGCCAAGAGGAAGCUUGAAGGAGAUCUGAAACUGGCCCAGGAAUCCACAAUGGAUUUGGAAAAUGAUAAGCAGCAGAUGGAUGAAAAGCUUAAGAAGAAAGACUUUGAAAUCAGCCAACUCCAAAGCAAAAUUGAAGAUGAACAGGCCUUGGGCUCCCAGCUUCAGAAGAAGAUCAAAGAGUUACAGGCCCGUAUUGAAGAACUGGAGGAAGAAAUUGAGGCUGAGCGGGCAUCUCGGGCCAAAGCAGAGAAACAACGGGCUGACCUUUCCAGGGAACUUGAAGAGAUCAGUGAGCGUCUGGAGGAAGCUGGAGGAGCAACAGCAGCCCAGAUUGAGAUGAACAAGAAACGUGAGGCAGAAUUCCAGAAAAUCCGCCGGGACCUUGAAGAGGCCACCCUGCAGCAUGAAGCUACUUCAGCUGCCCUCCGCAAGAAGCAUGCAGAUAGUGCAGCUGAACUUGGGGAGCAAAUUGAUAACCUCCAACGUGUCAAACAGAAGCUGGAGAAGGAAAAGAGUGAGCUGAAGAUGGAGAUUGAUGACCUUGCUAGCAACAUGGAAACUGUGUCAAAAUCAAAGUCAGCUCUUGAGAAAUUAUCCCGCUCCUUGGAAGAUCAACUCAGUGAGGUUAAAGCAAAAGAGGAAGAACACCAAAGGACAAUUAAUGACUUAAGUGCCCAAAGAGCUCGUCUGCAGACAGAAACAGGUGAAUUGGCCCGCCAAGUGGAAGAAAAAGAUUCUUUGAUUUCCCAGCUCUCAAGAAGCAAACAAGGUUUCACCCAACAGAUUGAAGAAUUAAAGAGACAGCUUGAAGAAGAAAUAAAGGCUAAGAAUGCAUUGGCCCAUGGCUUGCAAUCUGCUCGCCAUGAUUGUGAUUUGCUCCGAGAGCAAUAUGAAGAGGAACAAGAAGCCAAGGCUGAGCUCCAACGUGCCAUGUCCAAGGCAAACAGUGAAGUCGCCCAAUGGAGGACCAAAUAUGAGACUGAUGCCAUUCAGCGCACUGAGGAACUUGAGGAAGCCAAGAAAAAACUUGCUCAGCGUCUGCAAGAUGCUGAGGAACACGUAGAAGCUGUCAAUUCCAAGUGUGCUUCCCUUGAGAAGACAAAACAAAGGCUGCAGAAUGAAGUGGAGGACCUUAUGAUUGAUGUGGAGAGGUCCAAUUCAGCCUGUGCAGCUCUAGAUAAGAAGCAGAAGAACUUUGAUAAGAUCCUGGCAGAAUGGAAACAGAAAUUUGAGGAAGCUCAGUCUGAAUUAGAUGCUUCUCAGAAGGAGUCUCGCUCUCUCAGCACAGAACUCUUUAAGAUGAAGAAUUCUUAUGAGGAAUCCUUGGAUCACCUGGAAACUCUGAAGCGUGAGAACAAGAAUCUCCAGCAGGAGAUAUCUGACCUCACAGAACAGAUUGCUGAGGGAGGAAAGGCUAUCCAUGAAUUGGAAAAAGUGAAGAAGCAGAUUGAACAGGAGAAAUCAGAACUCCAGGCAUCUCUAGAAGAAGCUGAGGCUUCUCUGGAACAUGAGGAAGGCAAAAUCCUCCGCAUCCAACUGGAGCUCAACCAGGUGAAGGCUGAUAUUGACAGAAGAAUUGCAGAGAAGGAUGAAGAAAUUGAUCAGCUGAAGAGGAAUCACCUGAGAGUCGUGGAGUCCAUGCAGAGCACACUGGAUGCUGAAGUUAGGAGCAGAAAUGAUGCCCUAAGGGUUAAGAAGAAGAUGGAGGGAGAUCUGAAUGAAAUGGAAAUUCAGCUGAGCCAUGCCAACCGCCAAGCUGCUGAGGCUAUAAAGAAUCUCAGAAAUACACAAGGGCAGCUCAAGGAUACACAAUUGCAUUUGGAUGAUGCUGUGAGAAGCCAGGAUGAUCUGAAAGAGCAGGUGGCCAUGGUUGAGCGCAGAGCUAACCUGAUGCAGGCGGAGAUUGAGGAGCUUCGGGCAGCUCUGGAACAGACAGAGAGGGGCAGGAAAGUGGCUGAACAGGAACUUCUGGAUGCAAGUGAGCGUGUGCAACUCCUCCACACACAGAACACAAGCUUGAUUAACACCAAGAAGAAGCUGGAAACAGAUAUUUCCCAGAUGCAGAGUGAAGUGGAAGAGACUGUUCAGGAAGCUCGCAAUGCAGAAGAGAAAGCCAAGAAGGCCAUCACUGAUGCAGCUAUGAUGGCUGAGGAACUCAAGAAGGAGCAAGACACCAGUGCCCAUCUGGAAAGGAUGAAGAAGAACCUGGAGCAGACUGUGAAGGAUCUCCAGCACCGCCUGGAUGAGGCAGAACAGCUAGCAAUGAAGGGUGGCAAGAAGCAGCUGCAGAAACUAGAGCACAGAGUGCGGGAGCUGGAAGCUGAAGUAGAGAAUGAGCAGAAGCGCAGUGCUGAUGCUAUCAAGGGUGUACGCAAAUAUGAGAGACGUGUAAAGGAACUGACCUACCAGUCUGAGGAAGAUCGGAAGAAUGUUCUGAGGCUUCAGGAUCUGGUGGACAAACUGCAAAUGAAAGUGAAAGCAUACAAGAGGCAAUCUGAGGAAUCCGAGGAACAAUCCAACCUCAACCUUUCCAAGUUCCGCAAGAUUCAGCAUGAACUGGAAGAGGCCGAAGAGAGGGCUGACAUUGCAGAGUCCCAGGUCAACAAAUUGCGGGUGAAGUCCCGUGAUGCUGGAAAGCAAGCCAAAAGUGAAGAAUAAGCUUGCUGAGAUACUUCAAGGUGACUGAAGGGAUGCGCAAAAUGUGAAGCUCUUUAUCACUUUGAUUUGUAGUUGUUCAUUUCUCAACGUGUAGAUCCUAGGAAAUAAAGAUGGUAGAAACCUUUGCAAACAUCAA